AUGGUUCUCAUUAGGAACCUCUUCCUCGCCGGCCUGAGUGCUACGCUCUCGCUGGCUGCCGGCCCCGGUUCAGCCCCGCCCUACGAGAAGUCAGAGGUCAUUGAUCUAAUCCCCUCGAACUUCGACAAGAUCGUGUUGUCCGGAAAACCAGCUCUCGUUGAAUUCUUUGCACCGUGGUGCGGGCACUGCAAAAACUUAGCUCCGGUGUAUGAGCAGCUCGCGCAGGAGUUCGCAUUUGCCAAGAACGACAAGCUCACAAUCGCCAAGGUCGAUGCGGAUAGGGAAAAGAGUCUGGGAAAGCGAUUUGGUAUUCAGGGAUUCCCAACUAUCAAGUAUUUCGAUGGGAAGAGUGAGACGCCGGAGGACUACAAUGGAGGGAGAGAUUUGGAGAGUCUCUCGCAGUUCUUGACGAAGAAGACUGGCCUUGUGCCAAAGAAGAAGGCGGUUGAGCCCAGCAAGGUUGAGAUGCUCAACGACAAAUCCUUCAAGGAGCAAAUUGGCGGUGAUAAGAAUGUCCUCGUUGCAUUUACUGCACCAUGGUGUGGCCACUGCAAGAACCUCGCACCAGUCUGGGAAACUGUCGCCAAAGACUUUGCCAACGAGCCCAACGUUGUCAUUGCCAAGGUUGACGCUGAAGCCGAGAAUGCGAAGGCUACAGCCCAGGAGCAAGGCGUUUCCAGCUACCCAACCAUCAAGUUCUUCCCCAAGGGCAGCAAGGAGCCCGAGGCUUACACUGGUGGCCGCACGGAGGCCGACUUCGUCAAGUUCAUCAACGAGAAGGCUGGAACACACCGCGCUCCUGGUGGCAGACUUGAUGCGAACGGCGGUACCAUCGAGGCUUUGGACACAAUUGUUGCUAAGCUUAACGGAGGCACCAGCAUCUCUGAGGUUGCUGCUGAGGCUACGAAGGCCGCUGCGGAUUUCAAGUCCGGCGCGCAACAAAAGUAUGCCGAUUACUAUAUCAAGGUCAUUGACAAGCUGAGCAAGAGUGAGACUUAUGCUGCCAAGGAGUUGGCGAGAUUGGACAAGAUCCUCCAGAAGGGAGGUUUGGUGCCGGAGAAGCUUGAUGAGUUCACCAGCAAGACGAACAUCUUGAGGAGAUUCCUUGCUGGGUCUGGAAAGGAUGAGCUGUAG